ACCCUAGUUGCUCGUUGCUGAGCUUGUUUCACUCCUUACGUUCCGCUGCGGACAUCGCCGCGACAGCUCAAUUUCUUGGCGCGUUUUCUCGUGCAGCUCUGCUUUAAGCUGUGCCAGGGUUGCACCGACCUCAUCCAUCUGCAACCUCGAUUCUUUCAACUUCAUCCGCGCCUGCGCGACCGCACACCGCGCAUUGUUAGUCGAGCAGACAUUAACGCGCGCGCGACGCCUCGCACACGGCCAACAUGUCCUUCGGCACCGGCGGCGGCUUUGGGGGCUUUGGCUCCAAUAACAACAAUAACCAGUCCACGGGCUUUGGUUUCGGUGCGAAUAACAACAACUCUGGUGGCUUUGGCUCGAACACCGGCAACACAUUCGGCUCCAACAGCAACACCACUGGCGGCGCUAUGUUCGGCGGUAACACAACGAGCACAUUCGGCAGCGGAGGCGGCUUUGGUGCCAACAACAACAACAACUCGACCUUCGGCUCAAAACCAUUCGGUAGCUCAACAACGGGCGGCGGCCUCUUCGGCAGCGGUGCAUCAACAGGAGGCUCGACGUUCGGCGGGUUUGGAUCGAACAACAACAACAACACAUCGUCUGGGUUCGGCGGUGGUGCCAGCACUGGCACAAGCCUUUUUGGAGGCGCAAGCAAGCCUACAUUCGGCGGCGGUUCGACAACCAACACCGGUGGUGGCCUGUUCGGCGGUGGAAGCACUGGUGGAUUUGGCUCCAACAGCACAACAGCCUUUGGCAGUGGUACCUCUGGCGGUUUCGGCGCAGCAGCAACUAACGCACCCAACAAUGGUACCGCAGGCACGCUGUUCCAGGCCCACACCGAGAAGGACGGCGCAUCCGCGACGCAACAUUACCAGACCAUUACCUUCCAGCAGCCAUACCAGAACUACUCGCUCGAAGAGCUGAGGUUAGCGGACUACAACCAAGGACGCCGCUACGGCAACUCCAAUGGCCAGGGCGGUGCAUUCGGCCAGAACUCUAACUUUGGCGGUUUUGGUGCAAACAACAACACCAACACCACAUCUGCCUUUGGCGCCAACAACACGAACACAGGUGGCGGUCUCUUCGGUGGUGGUAGCACAACGAACACUACUGGAGGGUUCGGACAGUCUACAGGAGGCUUUGGUACGAACAAUAAUAACAAUACUGGUGGCGGGCUCUUUGGAGCAGCGAAGCCAGCAACCGGUGGUCUGUUUGGAGGAUCUAACACAGCCAGCACGGGUACCACCGGUGCUGGUCUCUUCGGAGGCGGCUCGACUACCAACACAACUGGAGGUUUUGGUUCCGGUGGUGGCUUUGGCACAACAAACAACAACACAGGAGGUGGUCUUUUCGGCAACAACAACAACACAGCAAAACCUGCCUUCGGUGCCGGCGCAACGAAUACCUCGACCGGCUUCGGCGGCUCGACCAACACUGGCUUCGGACAAUCGAACACUGGCGGAGGACUUUUUGGUCAGAACAACCAGGCUAGCGCUGCACCUGCCUUUGGUGGUGCUUCAACGACAGCAAACUCAGGCGGUGGACUGUUCGGCAAUGCAGGCAGCGCGUUCGGCCAGAACAACACCACUCAGGCACCAGCAUCUGGAGGACUCUUUGGUGGUGGUGGCUUUGGUCAGAACAACAACCAGGCCAAGCCCGCAACGGGUGGUCUUUUCGGAGGGGCAUCCACAACGACCAACACUGGCGGUGGUUUGUUUGGUGGCGGCGCUUCUCAGCCCGCCCCAGCAUCUGGAGGUCUGUUUGGAGGCUCCACAGCCAACAACAACACUGGAGGCGGCCUGUUUGGAGGUGCCAAGCCUGCCACUACAGGUGGAGGACUUUUCGGCGGCGGCAACACUACGAACACCGGCGCUUCGACUGGAGGCGGUCUUUUCGGUAACCUCGGUGGGCAGAACAACCAGACGAACAGUGGUUCGAGCCUUUUCGGCGGUCAGAACAACCAGCAGAAGCCCGGCGGUCUUUUUGGCAGCUCGACCACGAACAACAAUGCCGGAGGCGGCCUCUUUGGCGGCAUGGGUCAGAACAACCAGCAGCAGAGCAACAUGGGUGGCUCCCUAUUCGGCGCUAGCCAGAACCAACAGCAGCAGAACCAGCAGCAGAACGGCAACAGCUUAUUCGGUGCAUCUGGGAGCUCUUUACUGAACACUUCUUUGAACACCAACCCAUACGGAAACGAUGUAUUGUUUGCUGGCCUUGCUACACCAACACAAAGCCCUGGUCCUAUCGCCACGCCCCUCUCCAGCAGCCAGAAGAACAAGAAGAGCGCCAUCCUUCCCCAGCACAAGCUCAAUCCUGCCGCAUCCACUCGUCUCCUUACGCCCCAGGCCAAGCGCACUGGCGGUUAUGGAUUCACAUACUCCACCUACGGAAGCCCAGCUAGUGGUCAAGCCACACCCAACCUUGGUGGCAGCCUCUUCGCUGGAGGCAGCUUGUCGCGCUCACUUGGUAGUAGGAGUACCUCUACGAGCAACCUGCGCAAUAGCUUCACCCCUGAGACCAGCAUCUUGGCUCCAGGUGCUUUCUCUACGACCGGACGCACUUUCGGCAACGGUAGCCUCAAGAAGCUGAACGUCAACCGCUCGAUCAACACACGUAUCCCGCUGUUCGAUGAGCCGUCAAUUCGCAAGAGUGUCAGCUUUGCCGGUAGUGAUGGGGACACAUUGAACGGCGGCACGAACGGAGAGACCGCACUUGUGGUGCGAAGGGAUGAUGGCGAUGCUUCGCCUAGGUCUGUGAACGGUGAUGCUAGCCCUGAGCCUUCUCGUCCAGCCAUGCAGCAAGUCAACGGCAACGAGCUUGCACGCGUCCCCGAGAUCGACCCUGCUCUGAUACCCAAGUCGUCUUCAGCGGUCAACGUUCAGCCUGGAGAGGAUCCUGAGCCUGGUGACUACUGGUCUCAGCCAUCAAUUCAGCAACUGAAGAAGAUGAGCAAGCAAGAGCUCAAGAGCGUGCGCAACUUUGUGGUCGGUCGCCGAAACAUUGGGCAGAUCGAGUUCCACCAGGGCGCACCAAUUGAUCUCUCAGAGACCAAUCUUGACAGGCUCUUUGGUGACAUUGUGCAGCUCAACCACCGCAACGCCACAGUCUACGGAGAGAACUGCUCAUGCCUGCCGAAGCCACCGAUGGGCACCGCGCUGAACCACCCAUCGCGCGUUACUCUUCUCAACUCGUGGCCUCGCAACAAGGCUGGCAAGAAGGACGCCAAGCAUCUGGAGCGCCUGAAGCGCGUUGCCGGUACCACGUUCGAAAGCUACAAUGCUACUAACGGUGGCUGGAUCUUCACUGUACCUCACUUCUCGUCCUACGGUCUUGACUACGAGAAUGAUUACAGCGAUGACGAGGAUGAUGAGUCGAGUGAGCUGAGCCCCGUGCCCGACACUCCCGCGCAGACAUUGCUCAACACUAGCCAGAUGACCAGCACACCCCAGCAAGACUCGCUUGUUAGCCCUGACGAAUCUUCCCCCGAUGAUACCUUCGACUUCAAGCGCGGCAUGCGCGCACGUGCGAGCGUUCCCGGAGGCUUCGGUGACGAGGCUGCAUACGAAGAGUACGAUGAUGAGGAUGACUCUCGCGGCGAGUCUUUUUUAGGGGAGCGCUCCGUGGGUUCACUUGAUGGCCAGCAAGAAGCUGACUAUUACGAGAGCGAAUCCGAAUUGGACCAAGACCAGAGCAUGGCGGAUUCUGUGUCCGGACCUAUUCACACCACGGAGCCAGCAGCCGCUACAGAGUCAGACCCUUUCAAGAGCACACUCAAGGCACCAAAGUCGAUCCUGAAGGCUAGUCAAGUCUUCAAACCCAACUUUGGUACACCCUCGAAAGGCCAGGCGGUCUUUGAUGAUGACUGGGCGAACCAGCUUCAGCGCACCAUCAGCCCAAGGAAGCAGGAUCGAACUGCUCUGCGCGAAAGCCAGGGCCAUGCCCUUCGCGAGCACGACAGGAGCCCUACAUUUGCAGCACCGUCGGUCAAUGCGCGACCUUUCGCAACACACAUGGAUUUAAUGAACUCGCUCUUUGGUGAGACAGAGAAUCAUCGGGAGUCGCUUUCAAAGCGACAAGGACAAGGCAUCGAGUUACCAUACUCGAAACGACCCAAGUCUUCCCACGAUCUCGACCAAAUGACCGACGCCGACAAAGAUUUCCACAACUCCAGCAAGCCGCACUUCAGCGAGACCGGUGUCUUGAUCUACGGCAACAAGGGUGCUAAGAACCUUGAAAAUGGCGCGUUCUCCACUGCCCAGGAACCACUCGCCGGCGCCACCAAAGACAUCCGCUUCAUGAAGAUGCCUACAAUCGAUGAUGCUGCUCCCGAAACCUUGAGCGUCCAGAAGCAGCAAACCAAGAUCUCUACUGCCGAUGGUAUACCGUUCGCCACACUUCUCACUGAUCCUGCUCCUAUCGAGUUUUCUAGUAUGGCCAAGGCUGUCGCCAUCGAGACCGCCGCAGGCACUCACGAACAGCACGCGUGGCAACUGUUGUCGCUCCUGUUCGAUGGCGCCGAUCGGAUUCAGAAACCAGCUGAUGUUGACCCCGAACACAUUGAGCGCUACAAGAAGGAAAGACUGUCUGAAUUCUGGAAGGCUUUGGUCUUUGGUGAUGCACAGAAACAUGCGCAGGAAGCGGCGACAUCUGAGGAGCGUGCCAUUGCCCAGCUGAGUUGCAACAAUGUUGCAGAAGCCUGUCAUGCUUUACUUGAAGGCUUGGACCUGCGACUUGCUACUAUGGUUGCGCAGAUUGGCGGCGACGCGAAUAUGCGUCAAACCAUGACCACUCAGAUCGAGGAGUGGCGGCGUCUGGACAUGCUUGCCGAGAUGGAAGACGCGCAUCGCGCUCUGUAUGAGCUGCUAUCUGGCAACUGCGCACAGGCUGAUGGUAAGCUUGGAGCCGGUCGCGAGCACAAGGCCGUUGCAUUCAACAUCUCAAGUAGGUUCGCUCUCGAUUGGCGUCGUGCUUUCGGUCUUCGCCUCUGGUACGGCACUCUGGUUGACGAGCCUAUUGAGCUGGCCGUUGCACAAUUCGCAGAUGCUGUCAGAGAUGGGCUCGAAGACGUCAGGCCUGUGCCCUGGUUCGUCCGCGACAAUGCUGACAUGGGCUGGACUGAUCCGGACGCGGCCAACCGCGAAGAUCUUCUCUGGGGCAUCCUCAAGCUUUAUGCUGCUUCCAAGCUGGACAUUCCAGCAAACAUGGAGGACGUUUUAGCUCCAGAGAACGUCUCUGGCCAUCCUCUCAAAGCACGCCUGUCAUUCCAGCUCUUCCAGCUCUUCUACUCCCGCCAUAAGGACAAGAUGGAGGAGCCCGAGCGCAAGGUCGGGAUGCCUACCUUCCGCGGUGAUGGUGAGGGCGACUUCCGUCGAUCGUUCAUGUCAUCAACUGCCACCGUGACCAACAAAGACACACAAGGUGCCGAUCCGCUUGUUGAACUUGGUGAUAAGAUCACUCUGUCUUAUGCUGCGUCACUGCAUACACAAGAGCACUGGACCACAGCCAUAUGGGUGUACACUCAUCUGUCCUCUGCAGCGAUGCGUGAACACUACAUUCGGUCGCUGGUCAAUCAAUUUGCGAAGUCGAUCACACUUGCCGACUCGGACGCCACAUACACUCACCUCACAAACGACCUGCACGUCCCCGCAACCUGGCUCCAUGCGGCUGCAGCGCUACAAGCCAAGACGGAAGGCGACGCUGUCCGUGAAGCCACAAAUCUCAUCAAGGCAGAUGAGCUGGACGAGGCCCAUGAGGUACUCUGCCGCAAGGUCGGCCCUGAUGCAAUCAUCUCACGCGACUACGAGCCACUGCGUGAACUGAUGGCUGGCUUCGUUCCCGAGGAAGCAGACCGCUCUGCCAAUGACAACGCAUCUCUCGCCUCGUCGAAACGCAGUGGGUAUGGCCGGGGACAGGAGCACGUUGCUGGCUGGGCACAAGGUGGUCAGAUUUACUUCGAUUACAUUGAGCUCCUCGACUACACAGGUCGCCGCUCGACAUAUCGUGUAGAUGAAGAGUUGGAGCAGGAGAUCCAGCACCUGCUCUCCAAACUGCAGAAAGCUCUCGAGAUCGCUGCGCGCGACCGCUUGGAGUCUUGUGGUCUAGAGGAACGCGUCGCAUUGAUGGAGAUCGCUGGCACCGUCGCCAACUUGGUCGCCAAGAACAAGUCGGCCAACCGCUCUCAGAUCCUCAAGCUUCCGCUCACAGAGGACUUGUGGCUCAAGCAUUCAUGCGACCUCAGCACGAGCUACUACCGCAAUCUCAUGGCGAGCAGCAGAUAGUAUCACCCAGACCGCUUGGGUCUUGUUGGGGAAGUCUGGGAGGAAUUAGUUUGAGUUGUCGUCACUGGAGAUCUAUGAAGAAGAAAGGCUGCAUGAAGUAGAGAUGAGCAAGUGUUCUUCGAGGAAUUGGCAUUGGGAACAGUGAUAGGGAUAAGCGGGUGUAUAGUAGGAAUCUUUACAGGAAAAAAACGUUAUCAUU